UUCCUUUUUCCCUCCACUAGAAAAGGGGAACGAAUCAGCUGUUGGAAGAAGCUGCUUUGGGGCUCCGACCAGGAAGGAUGAUAGAUGUUGUGUUGUGAGAAAGCAAAGUUGUGCAGAGCUCUUCGGACCGCCAGCUGGCCUUGUCGUAGCCUGCCUUUGAUUCAUGGUCUGUGGAGAACAACUCCGUGUUUGUACUUUGGCUACUAUCGUACCAAGGAAAAAAUGGCCAAGGCAAUUCAGGCUCGGCGGCUGGAAGGCCUGGACCAGAAUAUCUGGGUGGAAUUUUCCCGACUAGCGGCGACUCACAAGGCAGUGAAUUUGGGUCAAGGUUUCCCCAAUUUCUCCCCGCCGGAUUUCGUCAGGAAAGCCUAUGUGGAAGCGAUCAGCGGAGAAAACACCAUGUUGCACCAAUACACGCAGGCCUUCGGGCAUCCGCGAUUGGUGGAGAUCUUGGCUCGCUUUUUUGGGAAGUUGCUCCAGCAAGAUCUGGACCCUCUGAAGAAUGUGAUGGUGACAGUGGGGGCGUACGAAGCUCUCUUCUGCUGCUUCCAGGCUCUGGUGGAUGAGGGGGACGAGGUGAUUAUAAUUGAGCCGUACUUUGACUGCUAUGAACCCAUGACCAAAAUGGCAGGCGGGAAACCCGUCUUUGUACCCCUCCGGCUGAAAGCUGCCAAAAGUGGAAAGCUGGCAUCCAGCCGGGACUGGCAACUCGAUCCAGCCGAAUUGGAGGCAGCGUUCACGAAACAAACAAAAGUUCUGGUUUUGAAUUCUCCCAACAACCCUUUGGGGAAGGUUUUCAGCAGAGAAGAAAUGGCGCACAUUGCGGACCUGUGCGUGAGGCACGACGUGGUCUGUUUCAGCGACGAAGUCUACGAGUGGCUGGUUUAUGAUGGAAAUGAGCACGUGAGGAUUGCCAGUUUGCCAGGAAUGUGGGAGCGGACGGUGAGCAUUAGCAGCGCUGGCAAAUCCUUCAGUGCCACGGGAUGGAAGGUCGGCUGGGCCAUCGGGCCCGAUCGCCUCUUGAAGCACCUAAGAACCGUUCACCAAAAUUCGAUCUACCACUGUGCCACAGCGGCUCAGCAGGAGGCUGUGGCCCGUGGACUUGAAGAAGAGUUGGGGUGCCUCGGCAAGCCCGAGAGCUAUUUUGUGCAGCUGCCCAACGAGCUUCAGCAGAAACGGGAUCUGCUGGUGGAGAGCCUGGUCUCGGUGGGCAUGAAACCCAUCGUGCCAGAGGGCACCUACUACCUGAUCGCCGACCUCUCGACAUUUAAAAUUGAUUUGCCGCCUUCGGAAGAACCCUACGAUUUUCGUUUUGCAAAAUGGAUGAUUAAGAACAAGCGACUGGCUUCCAUUCCUGUCUCUGCUUUCUACAGUCUCCCGCAGAAGAAGAAUUUUGACCAUUUCCUGCGUUUCUGCUUUGCAAAGGAGGACUCGACCUUGAAUGCCGCCGGGGACAUCUUGAAGGAAUGGAGCCAGGAAAGGCAAAACCAGUGACUCAUCAGCCCUGGGGCAGAGAAGCAGAGGGUCUAUGAGGCUCCUGGCCAGCUAGUUUUCCAAGGUCUCAGCAAGAUGAUGGGGGCUCCUACCCAGCCCAGUGGCGAUGCAGUUGUGCGUCAAAGAAUAUUCACACCCCUGGAGAUGCUGAAAACCUCCCAGGGGUCCCUACUUUCUCAGGGUGUCAAAUUUUAAUUAAAGCUGCACUCUGUGCUGUUUGUCUGCAAA